UAAGGAUCAUCUGAUCGGUUUCACAGGCAUAGCUAUGUCUCGCUACAUCCCGCCCUAGCCUCUCAUUGCCGUCAACCACGGGAACGACAAGUGACACCGACAUUGUAUUUAUCAAGCUCGCAGCGUCCCUACCUUGCCUACGGUUUCAGGUGCAUCUACACCCUAGUCUCACCGAUGACGUCGCCUGCGAGCCAGUUCACCCUCUAUUCGUCUGUCAUCGCCCCGAACGGCUGGAAGGUCGCGAUCGUGCUCGAGGAGCUGAGCCUUACGUAUGAGACGGUCUACCUGAACUUCCAACAGGGCGAGCACAAGGCACCAGAACACACGAAGUACAACCCGAACGGGCGGAUUCCGACCCUGAUUGACCAUGGGAGUGGUGAUUUCGUCAUAUGGGAAUCGGAUGCGAUCCUGACCUACCUCGCCGAGAAGUACGAUCCAGGCCACAAAAUCUCCGUCAGUGAAUGUGGCGACAGAAUCCACCAGCUGCAGUGGCUCUUCUUCCAAGCUUCCGGUCAAGGUCCAUACUUUGGGCAGUCAACCUGGUUUUUGUACCUGCACCACGAGAAGCUUCCCAGCGCGAUCGAGCGAUACCAGAAAGAGGUUCUUCGUGUCUUCGGCGUCCUCGAAAGCGUGCUCUCUCGCCAAGACUGGCUUGCCGGUGGGAAGUGUACCAUCGCAGACCUGUCGUUCAUCCCAUGGAACGAUAUCGUGUUGGAUCUGGCCCUGAAGGAUUACAACGACUUCAACUUCGAGAGUGACUUCCCCGCGUUGCACAAAUGGCACACGGCCAUGAUGGCCCGUCCGAGUGUCCAAAAGGUCUGGGUGGCCAAGGCAUUGAUUCAGGACAGUUAGGGCGUAAGCGUGUGGGCGUGAUACACCGUAGGCCAAUAGACCUCGGGCAGCUCAUCAUACCAUGCUACUCGUAGCCCUUCUACAACUACAUGGUUCAAUAUUCAAUUCUUAUCUCAUCAUACU